UAUUCGAUAAGUAACGUUGUCAAUAUUUUUUGAAAACGGAAGAAAAUUCAAAAAUUAAAUUUAGUUAAAUAUAAAAAGGAAAAUAUAAUAAAAAUUGAUUAAGAAAAUAAAAAUUUUAGAAAAUAUAUAGAGAAAAAUAUUUGAAUAUAACUUAAAGCAGAAUUAUUAAAAAUUAAUAAUUUCAUUAAAAGAAUUAAAUAAAAGUGUUUGAUUGUGUGCGUUUUUUCUUUUUUUUUUAAUUGUGUCUAUUGUGCAAAAAGUUUCAAGUGUUAGAACCUCAUUUUCCAUUCAUACAACAGCAGCAAAUCAUCAUCUUCAAUAUCAACAAUCACAAAGUAAAAUUAAAACCACAAUGGGAAUAUUUUCUCAUUCCACUUGAAGGAUAAACAGAACAGAAUAUUUAUAUUUUAAAGGCACCUUAAACACGGAACAAAGCAUAAGCUUUACAACAGUCAUAAUUAUUUAUAUAUUUUUUUGAACAAUUAUAAAGUAAAAACUAAAACAAUACAGAGACAUGGUGGAAAUUAUGACAACAGACACGUUAAAUGUGAAAAUUGUGAUAAGAAAACCAGGAAAUUAGAGGAAAAAGUAAAACAGCAGGAAAACAACUUAAGUAAAUUGAUGUUGUUGGAAGGUGUGUGCAUGUAUUUGACUCGAUAUAAAAGUAUAAAUUAAAGUGGGAGUGUAAAUGAACAGGUGUAAUUUUAAUGGAAAUUGUUUAAAUGCCUGUAAAAGCAAUUAAAGGAAAAAAUGUCUUGUUGCUGUUACCGCUGGAGAAGCUCGUUUAAAUUAAAUUUAAUUUAAUAUUUAAAACAAACUGAUAAAAUAAUAUCAAGGAAAUAAAAGGAAAGAGGGAGCGUAGCGUAUGAAAAUAUUAUAUGACUCUUAAACUUAAAACUUUUUUGCCACAAGAUAAAAAAAUACACAUUAAUUUUCUUUAGUUAUGCUUAAAGAAUGUUUUACUCCAAGGAUUAUUAAGGACAUUUACUGAACAUAAAAAAAGCUUAAAUAAAGAGUGUGUUAAAACGAAAUAACAGCAAAUUUUCCAGAAAAUUUAUCUUUAAUCAUUUUUCAGCAACAACAAAAAAACACACACAAAAUGAUAGCAACAGUAGAAUAAAUUUAUAAAAACCAAAGAAAAAAACAACAAGCUGUUGUAAAUGACAUUGAAAAAUCUACUAGCAAGUAAAAGGAGUAGAUGUUUUAAGUAAAAAAUAUAUAAAGAAUAAAUGUUGUACAUUUAUUUUAAAACAAAAUAAAAUAUUUUACAAAAAAAAAACUUUGUCAACAUCCCAACACAAUAAAACAAACCAAACGACAGAGAAGGAAAAAAACCAACAGCUGAAAAACGUCAUUUAUAUAUUUGCAAUAUCAUAAUCUGCUGCAUCAACUGUCUCUGCAGCUCAACAUAACUAACGCACAUUUGCAAAAAAAAAUAAAAUAAAAAUAUACACAAUUUUUUAAAUUAAUUGUUAAAACCAUAACGUCACUACUGAAAGCUUAUAACAGACAGUGAUUUAUUUGUUAAAUAGUUAUCAACAGCAAAACUAAAGUUAAGGGAAUAAAAACAAUAAAAUUUUAAACAAACUUUAUUCCACAUCAAACAAAGUUGUCAGUUUGACGUCAACAAAAAAAACACGAAUUUACCAGCACAUUAAUUUCUUCGAGUGUAAUUUCUUAAAGUUUCAUAAUGCGCGGCCGUCAUUUACGUCGACGUUUCAGUUUACAACCAUCUUUUAUGAAGGAUGACAAUGCUGAGGAUAAACCCACCAAACGUGACAAAGUUGGCCGCAAUAAUGCUGUUGAUGAUGCAAUUGGUCCCACAAAUGCACGUCACAAAAUUGUUGUCAUGGGUGCUGCUAAAGUUGGUAAAACCUCAAUAAUUACACAAUUUCUAUACAAUACGUUUACAACAAAAUACAAAAGAACCAUUGAGGAGAUGCAUCAGGGUAACUUUUCAAUAGCGGGUGUUAAUCUAACCUUGGAUAUAUUGGAUACAGCUGGUUCAUAUGAGUUUCCCGCAAUGCGUGCAUUGUCCAUAUCAUCGGCAGAUGCUUUCAUUUUGGUUUAUGAUGUCACAGAUGCAACCACCUUUGAAGAGGUUCGCAUGAUACGUGAUCAAAUUCAUGAGACUAAAGGCACCUCAGCUGUGCCAAUUGUGGUUGUGGGUAAUAAAAUAGAUUUAGUGGCCAACGAUAGUGACCUGAGAGAGGUUGAAUAUGCCACCACUGAAUCUGUUGUUACAGUAGACUGGGAAAAUGGUUUCGCUGAGGCAUCAGCUGCCCGCAAUGAAAAUAUAACACAGGUGUUUAAAGAACUAUUAUCCCAGGCUAAAAUCACUUAUAAUUUAAGUCCAGCAUUGCGUCGCCGUCGUCAAUCGUUACCACAACAAGUGGGCAAUAAUGGUCCAGGCACACCAACACAUCAUCAUCAGCAGCAUCAUCAUCAUCAUCAACAACCGCACUCAUCUGCCUCGUCAUCAUCAUCGUCCGCGUAUGCUGGCUCAAUGGCACAUGCACCAACAGCAGCACAAUUGCAACAUUUACAGAGGAUACAAGAACGUAGUUUGGGUAGUAAACGUAAUUCCUGUACAAUUUCCUAAAAAUGUCAAAACAGACAACAACAACAAUAACCACAGACACACACACACACACACACACACACAAAAACACUAAACUAUAUAAACGAAAAACAAUGUGAAACCUAAAUAAAUAUAGAUACAAGGAAAUAUAUAUAUCAGAGUAUAUAUUCCACAGAUACAUAUAAACCUAGAUAAAAAGAAAAUCCAUAUAUUAGGGAAGCACCGAAAGAUUUUUUUAACAAAAUCUGAUAUUAAGUUAUGUACUUAAAAGGGGAUUCUCUGGCAGUUAAUUAUUAUAUUCCUUUGAUUAUAAGUUGUUUCGAAUCUGUUUCGAAUUUUAUAUGGUGAAUAUUCCAAAAAUGUGUACGCAUGUAUGUAUGUAUCUGUGAAAUAUUAAAUUUAUUUCAAUUUUAUUUUUAUUAAUAAACUUAAAAUAAAUUACGAAAGAGAAAAUAACCAAAAACUAUGGGAAUACUGUGGAGCUGAUUCUCAAGAAAACGGUAAUAAAUUAGCUCUUAACCUAUAGUUUUUUUUAAAGACUAUUUGGUUUUGUAGUUUUGACGAAACUGAAGCUCAUGGAGUAGUUACCCAGCAAAAACAUGGUAAUGACUUGUAAUUACAACUACAUACCGCCUGUAUUACUUAGAAGGAGUCUGGUAAUGGCUUUCAAAUAACUAUAGACGUAAGUACUUACAUUUUAGUAUUGACUCCUUAUUUGAAGGCGAUCGUAGUGAGUACUUAUCUAACUCCCUACAUGUAAGCGAAAGUGGUAAGUACUUGCCUUCAAUGACUGUAGUGGAAAAAGCUGAGCAAGUACAGAGGAGGUUGAAGACGUCAAAGCCAAAGUUUUCACAAAUUAGGCGUCAUCGACUUCGCAAAAAAUACACAUUUCACUAUUAAUUUCUAAAUCGUCAUUCUGAAAGUUUUCUUUCAAAUCUACAAUAAGUAGACUUUCUGUAAGGGGCGUAGUUAUGGGGGUGGGGCCAAUUAUUGACAAAUUCUCGUGAAAUUUAGUCAAGAUAUUUUGGUUCUAAUACAACUCUUAUAUAUCGAAUUCUACAGCUAUACUCGUAUGAGAGGUUAUGAGAGUUUAAUUAAUUUUCUGAAAGUGAUGUUAAAUGGAAGUAACAUCAAAUGUGGACCAAAGUCCACCAUACUUUACAAUAUAAUUUAUGGAUGCAUAAAACUAUGUUGUGCAAUUUUUAUCAAGAUUUAUGCAUAAUGAACCCAUUUAUAACGGUUCCGGGUGGCCUCUUAUAUGGGUGCUACAAGAAGUCGUUUACCGAUAUUUCUGAUUAUCAAUAUCAAAGAUUUCUGAUCAAUAUAGACGAUUUAGGAAAAAUUUCAUCAUCUUGUUUCCUUUCCCCUAGUCUCUAUCGGGCUUUCGUUCAACAAACGGAAGGAGCCGGUUAUGAGAGUUAAAUUAAUUUUCUGAAAGAGGUGUUAAAUGGAGGUUACAUCAAUUGUGGACCAAAGUCCACCAUACUUUACAGUAUAAUUUAUAGCGGUUCCGUGUGGCCUCUUAUAUGGGAGCUACAAGAAGUCGUUUACCGAUAUUUCUGAUUAUCAAUAUCAUAGAAUUCUGAUUAGUACAGAUGAUUUUGGAAACAUUUCGUCAUCUUGUGCCCUAUCCUCUAGUCCCUAUCGGGCUUUAGUUCAACAGACGGAAGGACAGACAUAUCCAGGUCUUCUUAAAUUUACAAUGAUUCAAAAUAUAUGCUUUCUGGAGACUAAGAGUGGAACGGAAUGCCAAAAUCAAUAUUUUUAUUUUUAAAUGGAUAUAAAAAGUUCUUCAUAUGGAGAUACUUUUCGCUAUAAAAAAGUACAUUAGUACUACAUUUUUUGUCUACGCUGACAUGAUCCACAGAGUAAAAGCUUAAGUUCUGCUUUAUAAUUUGUAGAAUCUAUAAUUUAAAAGUUUUACAUAAAUUUAUUACCAUAUUUUCCAGAAUCAGCUCUACUUUAAGACCGUCUAUUUUAAUCGACAACCAUUAACUUAGUACCUUUUAUUAGUAAAUUUCCAUGAAUAUAACAAAUUACUUUAAUAAACUAAAAGACAAAACUAUUACACUCUAUAACUCCAUAAUAACUAAACAAAGACGUAAAGAGAUAUGCCAAAAGAAAACAAUUUUAAUUUUAAUAAAUAAAAAUCUUCAAAAAUAAAAAUAAAAAUAAUUAUUUUUAAAGACCAUAAUUAAACAAAACUCCAUAAAUAUUUAAACAGCCAUUAAAAUACCUUUUAAAAAUACCAAAAUAUAAGCUAUAAACCAAAAAAAACAAACCAUUAAUUACUAAAUACAAAGAAGUCUUUGUUCCAUAAACAUUAAAAAAAAAAUACUUGAUACGGGUUUCAAUGUUUAAAAUAUAUACAAAAAGAAAAACAAUUAUGAAAAUAAAAAUAUUAAUAUUAAUAUAAAUAAACAGCAAUU